GUGGAGUCAUUGUUUGACUCACUGACCAACUAUUUUGGUCCAAGCGAAGGCCGACGACGAAGGCAACGCACGAAGACGUAUGAAGAGGAACAGAAUGAGAAGGUGCAGAUGGAAAUGAUCGCACAAAUGGUCAAGGCCGAGUCAAGUGCAAAAGAAGACAGCAGAGAAGAACCUGUGCAAACGGAGCAUCGUCCGAAUCACGCAGGGACAUCUGGCGAAACACCGCCAGUCGCCGUGGACACUGAUAAUCAGAAAUCGAAAUUUUUCGAAGGCGGACACAAAAGAGGAAAGAAAAGGGCUCUGGAAAAAACACCAGAACAACCGGAAAGGCCACCAACGCCAACGGAAAUUAUUCAGCAGCGGGAGCAGGAGUGGCGUGAGCGUCAGCGUAAACGGCGGGAGAAACAUAAGCGGCGUCAAAAUGAAUUGUCGGAAUGUUGGAAUAAUGACGUUAUGGCGGAGAAAGAAUCAUAUCAGAAAUUUACCAGCAUGAUCGAGCAGAUUUUUGAAAAUAUCGAUGAUUUCGACGUACUGGCAAGUGGCAAUGCAGAUAGUGAAGGUUUGGUCACGCAGGAUGUCCUCAUUGAUAAGGGUCAGCUGCAGGAGUUGCGCGAAGAAGCACAGAAGUUGAAAUCAUGGAACAUCAUCCACAAGGUGAAUUCCGAGCAUCUCGUUACACUGUUAACAAUUCUGGAAAAAAAUGUACGUGAUGUUAUCGGUGCCGACGGUGAGCAGUCGAUCAUUCCACUAUUUAACGAGGACGAUGAGGAUGAUUCGAGUGAAACUUAUCGUGAACUAAUCAGUGAUCGUAUUUUGCGUGCCGCCAAUGCGUCCUGUACCGCCAUGCUUAUUAUGACUUCGACCAGAAUGCCCAAGCAGGUUAGCCUAAAAUAUGCAUACAAAUUGAAUUAA